GCCAUUACGGGAUGCAAAUCUAUUUUGUAUCCUGAUGUAAAAUCUUAGAAAAAUAUUAUGUAUAGCCCCUUAAUAUGCCUUAAAAGCAUACAUUGUUAAAUAGUGAUACUUAAAUGAUUUUAGAUAAUACGUACACACUUAAAAGUACACAGAAAUACAUUUACAUUCAAACCUUCGCUUCUAAAGCAAGUAUGUUUAUUUCAAACUAGCAAAUGGAAAAUGAAGUUAUCCCAUCAACUUUCAAGAAAAAUAGCGUUCUUCACAACUUCUACGCAAUAAUUGAAGUCUCCGGACAUCACAGGGGGCGGCAUGUCGUGCACGGUGGUGACGGAGCCCGGCGAGCGCGACGACAAGACGCUGCUCAUCCUGUGGGAGAACGAGGGCAACAUCUCCAUCGACGAGGAGACGCUCGAGAAGCUGUCCGAGACGGAGGCGCGGCCGGUGAGCGUGCUGCGCCUGUCAGCUGCGCCCGUGGAGCAGGGGCUGGCGGACGGCGUGGGCAGCAUCAGCAUCACCGUGAAGGAGGUGUGCCCCGACAUCAUGGCGCGCCUCGUGGAGCCGGGGGGCGACCCCGGCCAGGAGGGGGUGGCCGUCCAGAGUCUCCAAGACAUCCUGUCCCCGGACGAGCGCGCCUCCUUCCUCAGCUGGACGGUGGCGUUGGACCACUGGUACACGGGGGAGCCCCUGCCGCCCGCACCGUCCUUCCUGGGCCCCAUGCUCGAGGCGGGCAGUGAGCAGCCCUCCCCCUUGUCCCCAGCCGAGGAGGCCCGGCCCGCGGUUACACCUGCCGUCUCCCCGGUGCUGCUGUCCCCGGCGCUGACGCCCACCCGCGGCCGAGGCCGGGUGAGUGCCGGGCGUCGCCGAGGAUGUUGGGUGACUCAGCUUCAUUGAAGUUUUAAUCACAAU